UAUUAUGUUAUCCACCUUUUGUACUUCCUUUUGGAAACAUAUAAAUGACUGGAAAACUCCAAUCACUGCUGAUGAUUUGGACCUGAGAUUCCUGUCGGCCUGAUGGCUUAAUAAAGGCGUCUUUUAAAGUUCUUCUGGUACUAUGUCUCCAUGUGGCCUGGUCCUGAAUUCUACAUCAUUAAAAGCACCACAGCCUUCCCUCCUUCUGGUGCUGUCUUAAAAAUCAAACAUCCCUGGAAGGCCACCCAUUAACUGUUAGGCCCGACUGGCCGAAAAACGAGCACGCAGAGCUGUGUGGGACCACUAGAUGAGGGACAUAAUCCUUGGACGACAUCAUAAAUUGCUGGCAGGAAGUAGGUACACAAAAGCGCGAGCUCAAUCCGAGAAGCUCGCUCCACCAAGCUCGAGCCUCGGACCAGCCCCUCCGCGGUCCGCCGGGACAGGCAAGCAGAGCGCAGGCGCAGAACGAGCUAGGCGCGGCGCACGCAAGGAGGGUUGGGAGUCGUUGUGGGGGCCGGGGACGAGGCUGAACGGCGUACCCUUGGCCCCACCCCUGCCAUGCUGCACGUUUCUCCGGGGAUUCGUGGCACAGACCUUCCCGGCUUGCAUGUCGGACUUCAGGCUACCACUCUUCCGGCCAGGAAAGUUCGUGCCCGCUCAGCACUCGCCAGCGAUCGAAGCCCAGUGAAACGCUCAAGAGUCGGAGCGCUGUCCAGUCUGCGGGAAGCCAGGAGAGGUGCGGGACGGACUUCCACACGGCUUCGGGGUAGCCCCGCCCCGCCGCCCUCCUACCCCGCGCGGUGCAGCCGGGAGUUGCAGUUUUCUGAGUCGGUCCUGUCGCCCUCCCGCUCUCCCGCCAUGCUCUGCGCCUCGGGCCGCCUCCUAGCGGCCCGGGCGGAGACCUCGCUCUUUGCCCCGCCCGGAGGCCGGGGCCCGGCGCUCCGGUUCCCGCGCAGGGAACUACAUUUCCCAGGACAGCUCAACCCGCCCCUUUGGGACUCCUUGACGGGGCGGCUGACGAGACACAACGCGUCUCCGCACCGGAGGGUCAUUCUGAAGUGGGGGAGGAUGCAGCCGGCCGUGGGCAGAGGCCUGGCCGGGUCAGAGCUGCGUCUUCGGAAGAGCCGCUGUGGGUCCCGGGCUGCUAGGUCUGUGGGCCGGGACGGGGCCAUCCAGGCCACAGCGCGAAGCCCCAAACCGCCGCGUCGGAGCUCGCGGCGUUUCGAGGAGGUGGGCCGGCAGGCAUUGCUGGCUCUGGUAACGCUGCUGUCCUUUGCCACUCGCUUCCACCGUCUGGACCAGCCACCGCACGUCUGUUGGGACGAGACUCACUUUGGAAAAAUGGGAAGUUACUAUAUCAACCGCACCUUUUUCUUUGACGUGCAUCCACCUCUGGGAAAGAUGCUGAUAGGUCUUGCAGGCUACCUGAGUGGAUAUGAUGGGACCUUUUUGUUCCAGAAGCCAGGGGACAAAUAUGAGCAUCACAGCUACAUGGGAAUGAGAGGAUUCUGUGCAUUCCUUGGUUCCUGGCUAGUCCCCUUUGCCUACCUCAUUGUAUUGGAUCUGUCCAAGUCCCUCCCAGCAGCACUGCUCACUGCCGCCCUUCUCAUCUUUGAUACAGGAUGCCUCACUCUGUCCCAGUACAUCCUCCUUGACCCCAUCUUGAUGUUCUUCAUCAUGGCUGCCAUGCUGAGCAUGGUCAAGUACAACUCGUAUGCCAACAGGCCUUUCUCUGCCCCCUGGUGGUUCUGGCUCAUUCUGACUGGCAUCAGUCUUACUGGUGCUUUAGGGGUCAAGUUUGUUGGCCUCUUUAUCAUCCUGCAAGUGGGGUUAAACACGAUUGCAGACCUGUGGCACCUGUUUGGAGACCUCAGUCUUUCACUGGUCACUGUGGGAAAACACCUGAUGGCUCGCAUCCUGUGUCUCAUAGUACUACCUCUGGUGCUCUACAUGGCCAUUUUUGCUGUUCACAUCAUGGUGCUGAAUAAAAGUGGACCUGGUGAUGGUUUCUUCAGUUCUGCCUUCCAGGCCCGGCUUUCAGGGAACAACCUUCACAAUGCUUCCAUCCCUGAACAUCUGGCUUAUGGUUCUGUGAUCACGGUGAAGAACCUCCGGAUGGCCAUUGGCUACCUGCAUUCCCAUAGGCACCUCUACCCUGAGGGCUUCGGUGCCCGUCAACAGCAGGUCACCACCUAUUUGCACAAGGACUACAACAACCUGUGGAUCAUCAAGAAAUAUAACAUAGACUCAGAUCCGCUAGACCCCUCGUUCCCAGUAGAGUUUGUGAGACAUGGAGAUAUCAUUCGACUGGAACACAAGGAGACUGCUCGGAACUUGCACAGUCAUUAUCAUGAGGCCCCGCUGACCCGAAAACACUAUCAGGUCACCGGCUAUGGCAUAAAUGGGACAGGAGACUCAAAUGAUUUUUGGCGGAUUGAGGUUGUAAACAGAAAAUUUGGGAACCGGAUCAAAGUGCUAAGAAGUCGAAUUCGCCUCAUCCAUCUGGUCACAGGUUGUGUCCUCGGUUCCUCAGGAAAGAUUCUGCCCAAAUGGGGCUGGGAGCAGUUGGAAGUUACUUGUACUCCAUACCUGAAACAAACACUCAACUCCAUCUGGAACGUGGAGGACCAUAUCAAUCCCAAAUUGCCAAACAUCAGUCUGGAUGUGCUGCAGCCCACUUUUCCUGAGAUCUUGCUGGAGUCUCACAUGGUGAUGAUCUGGGGGAACAAUGGCCUUAAGCCCAAGGACAAUGACUUCACAUCCAAACCCUGGCACUGGCCCAUCAACUACCAGGGCUUGCGCUUCUCAGGGGCCAAUGACACAGACUUCCGAGUCUAUCUGCUUGGCAACCCGGUGAUUUGGUGGCUGAAUCUGGUGAGCAUCGCUCUCUACCUCAUCUCAAGAAGCAUCAUUGCCAUUGCCAUGCAGAGAGGUGCACAGCUCUCCACAAAAGUGGAAGAACUGACCCGGGUGCUGCUGCAAGGAGGUGGCCAGGUGCUGCUCGGCUGGAUGCUGCAUUACUUCCCGUUCUUCCUGAUGGGCCGGAUCCUCUACUUCCACCACUACUUCCCAGCCAUGCUCUUCUCCAGCAUGUUGACAGGCAUUCUGUGGGACACGCUUCUGCGGCUCUUUGCCGGGGGCCUGGCCUCCUCUUCCUUGGCCAAGAGCGUGCAUGCAACAGGAAUCCUGAUCCUGAUCCUGGGAACUGCCUACAGCUUCUACCUCUUCCAUCCCCUGGCUUAUGGGAUGGUUGGUCCUCUGGCCCAGGACCCUAAAAGUCCAAUGGCAGGACUAAGGUGGCUGGAAUCAUGGGAGUUUUGAGAGCACUACAAGGACCCGCCUGGCUCCAGGAAUUGCCUGGGGGCAGCCAGCUCUGGAGCUUCUGGAACCUGAAGAAUUCUGCCACUGCUACCACCAAGCUUCAGGAGCAAACCCGGAUUUGACCCAGCAAUACAGACCACAGCUGUCUGCAGCAUCUACAGAGCAUCUCUCUGCAUGGCUCCCCAAGUGUGCAGCCAGGGGAGGAUGAGUGUGUAAGAGGGUGACUGUGAGUGUGAGGGAGUAUAUGAGGUUACAUUUGUCAAAUGCCUGUGGAAUACAGACCUUGUGACUGACUAUAAACAGCCAAGUGUCAUAAACACUAAGAGUCGGGGCUAUAGCAGUGUUUUCUGAUACUUUCUUAAUACUACAUUUGGUUUGAUUUUGGAUUGUAAGAUCCAUAAGCAAUUCUCUGAUCUCUAAGAGAACCGAGUACUGACCCCAUUUUGGGGUGUCAUCAAAGACACAGCAGAUGGGACCAUGAAUGCCAUACUACUUUCCAUUCUACCACCAAAAGAAUCCAGGUGAGGAGAACAAGCACCCAAGUUGGAGAUCUUUCCCCUGCCUCCUCCUGGGGUGUUUGUGGUCACAGGUGGCUGGGCUGCCUGCCAGUGCUGGAGCAUGGGGCUCCAGGCCAUGAGGUGACAAACUUGCCAGCACUUGACUGGCCUUCCUUAGCCCUUGUCCUUGUUCUCUGGGAAUGUCACACUGAGAUUGAUUGGAGAAACCCUCUCCUAACCUGGACCACUCUAGAUACCCAGGCCUUGUGUGUCAGAUGCUUGUUGCGUCCAUCUCUUUCCUUUCCAUGGAGACCUGAACGAUGAAGGCAGAUGAGAGUCAGAGCAGGGGCCCUGUUCCCUGUGAGGCAUUGCAGUCUCAUUUCUCUAACCCUCCCCUACUCACAUUCCCUUUCUGUGUAACUGCUUCACUGGUCUCUGUUCCCCAAGGCCAGAGCUCCUAGAGAUACAUGACAGCUUCUACUGUCUGCUACUUUGAAGCUCAAACAAGGAGCUCAGAGCUGCUGCUUCCAUGUCCUCCCCAGAGGAAUUAAGAAAACUUCUGAGUCAGAACCAGCCCAACCCAGGCCAGCCCUUCAGUUCAGGACGUGCCUCCCUGUGCUCCUCUCCGGACGGGACAGAAUGUUCAUUUUGUCUCGGAGGACUUUGAUGCUUCAGGGUUUAAUGAUGAAUUUCUGCCACACUCCAUCUUUCCUCUGUUGUAGCUCCCAACAACUCUGACAGGGUCAGAGCUCUUUAAAGCAUCUUCAGGAGGCGGUUGCCACGGAGACUGGAAAUUGGUCUCAGGGACAGGCUGUGCUACCUAUUGAGUGGUGGGGAGGGAAGCUUCUGGGCCAUGCUUUGGACAUUCAAACCAAGCAUCAUUAAUGAUAAUAGAGGAAGUGCAGCCACGUGAAAAGCAAGGCAGGGUAGGCAGGGUGGUUAAUUAGAUCUGAGGCACAUGACCUUGUCCUAGUGCCGCAGCCCUUCUGACUUCCCCCAGCAGGAAGUGCCGCCUGUGACCUGAGUCUGGGCGGCCUGCUUAAUUGCAUUUCUGCUGGGGAGGGACAGCAGUAAUGGAGAACCUCUGUGUGCAUCCAUUUCUUCCCCACCCCUUUUUCCUCCCCACAGGCAGAGUUGCCUUCUGCACUGGGUGGGGCCACCAUCUGGCUGGGCUUGCUCAGGGACAGGAUACAGGGGUCCCUGCAUGGCUCUUAGCAAAGGCAGUGGUGGUCUAUGAUGAUGAUCCAGGGGUCGCUGAUUUUCCUUUGUGCCUUCUCAUUUCCCAAGAGGAACCUGGUGGAAGGGAGGAGCUCUGACGGAGGGGGCCCUCUGAGAAGGGUGAGGGAGGAGAAGGUCAGUUCUGCACCCCUCCUUCCCUCUCGGUUUGGUCACACUGGGAACAAGAGUUUCUUCCAUGCUUUUUAGGAGUGGAAGGGAGAGAACUUCCUUAUCCACUCCUUCCUUCGUGCCCAAGCUGGCAGGCACUUUUCUGGGGCCAAGGCCACGUUGGGUGGUGCAACUCUGUGUGCUCAGUUUCUGUUUGAAGGUGCUGGGGAGAGAAGCUGGCAGGUUAUUGCUGUGAAUAUGGACUGUAGUCCUCAGGAGUUUACAGAAAUAUGACAUGUCGCACAAACUGCUAGGGGAAGAAGAUACCUGUCAGGCAGCACAGGCUCCAGCCAGCACCUUAAGCCACAUUUUACCUAAAAAAAAGGUUUCCAGAGAUAAUUGGAUACCAAUUACUUUUGUAAUAAACAUCCUUUGUUUGAA